AAGCAGGCCAGCAGACACAUCCCCCCUCCUGGCUCCAACAUCUGGUCCUGAUCCAUGUGCAUUCCCAAACGCCAAAUGCUGCACAAGUAUAACAAGAAUUGUCAUGAAGUGAAGACGUUUUCAGAGCAAUUUGACAUCAUUAUUCGUUUUAAUUACAAAGUCAAUGUACAGUGUCUUAAGGGGAAAUGUCCAGAUUUUGCCAAAAAUGGGGCUAUAUGUAUAUGUAACCCAUAAAACAUAUAGUAGUAAAAUGUAUUUGUGUUAAAAGCUCAAAUUCAAAUUGGUUGGAAAAACAAAUCCAUUAUCCUACAUUGGUUAAACAAAUAAAACUCUUUUUUUCACAACUAAUACAAAAUAAAGCAUACAAUUUAACGGUUUUAUUGCACUGUAUUUUUUGCCAAUAUUGCAAUAGCCAACAAGUUACACAGGAGAGAGAGAGAGAGAUAGCCUUCUCCCCUUAUUGACAAUGUGCCACUUUUCUCUGUUUUACAUAAUCGUGAAUUGACAACCUUUGGGUCGUAAUAAGAUUUCGACAAUUUUGAAUUUUGUGACGAGCAAAUUUGGGUAUUUUAGAGCCCAAAUUUGAUAGUCUGCUUAAGCCCCACAGUCAUCGUCUACCUGCAGUUUCUUUUGGUGCUGACAACUGCUCAUUUUCUGAUCCCAGACUAUAAUACUUACCAGGAUGCUACCUGUGAACUAAUCAACAAAAUAAGGAUGAAAUUGAUAUGAAGUAACGAUCAACAGUACUUCAAAUGAGCACACAAGAUACACAAGAUAUUAAAAGAGAAAGGUAAAAAAAAAAAAACAUCUUCUGGUAUGUCAGGUAUGAAAUGCAUGAUAGAGGAGGAAUGGGGGCAAGGCUGGAAGGAGUUCAUUGUUUUUGGCGAGGUUGGUCAAAUCUGGAUCCUCUAAUACGGAACAUGCAGAACUGGCUCAGCCUAUAAAUAAUAUUGUCAAACCCGAGAGGAAGAGAACACAGAACCUGGAGAAAACAAGGGGUAGCGUUGCGAAAUGAAGGUUGGUCUUGCAGCAGGUUGCUUUGUCCUCAGAGUCAUGUCAGUGUCGCUGUUGUUGGCUCUGGUGUGCGCCAUGGCCUCUUCCACACAGUUGUCCACAAAAGACUUGUGCGGGCCAGAGGUUGCAGCCCUCAAACGCAGCAUAAAGAAACUGGAGAACAGACUCUUGAUUGGGACUUGGCAGGUCGAACACUUGCAGACGCACAAAUAUUUCCGUCAAUUUCAACCUGCUGUUCCCGAUACUAAAGAUGAAAUGGACACUGCACCUGGUGUAAACCAGAACAGCAGUGGGACAUUAGACAUCUCUAAUACGACACUGAUGAUUCCACUUCCACCUGCAGGCAACAUCAUUGUCCAUGACAAAGAUUGUUCCGAGCUGUUUGAUAGACUGAGACCACCAAGUGGUUUCUACCGCAUCAGACCCAAAUCACACCAGGAGCCAUUUUUGGCUUACUGUGACAUGGAGGAUGGAGGAGGAUGGACAGUGUUCCAGAAACGGCGGCAUGGAAAAGUUGACUUCAACAGGGACUGGGUGGACUACAGAGACGGCUUUGGUGACUUUAAACUGUGGAAUGAUGAGUUUUGGUUGGGGAAUGAGCACAUGUAUUCUCUCCUCUCAGAAGGAAAGAACCUGGUGAAGAUAGAGCUAAAGGACUGGGAAGGAAAGAGGACUUAUGCAUUUUAUGAGAACUUCAGGAUCACCGAUGAGGCUGAUAAGUAUCGUCUCCAUUAUGGGCAGUACAGUGGCAAAGCUGGAGACGCCCUGACCGGAGGUGGUGGAUCGGUGGAGCAGUGGUCUGCUUCCCUCAGUGGCAUGCAGUUCAGUACCAGGGAUCAGGACAAUGAUCGCUACCUCCAGGGCAGCUGUGCCCAGGAGAACGAGGCGGGAUGGUGGUUCAACAGAUGUCACGCAGCCAACCUGAACGGGAAGUUCUACCGCACAGGGAAGUACAAGGGAAAGUAUGACAACGGGCUGGUGUGGGGGACCUGGAGAGGUCUUUGGUAUUCCCUGAGACACACCACCAUGAAGGUGCGCCCUCUGGUUUUCUUGGACGCCGUGGGCAGCGGAGCAGGGGAAAUUUAAAACAGCAGGCUUCACCGUCCGUUGUGUGAUAAAGAAUCAAAUAAAAGAAAUCAGAGCAAAGACUGAUGUCAUAUUUAAAUUCUGUAUAUUUUAAUUUUCUCCCUUUGUCGACGUCGAUAGCACAGCAUCUUCUGUUUUACAGUCUCUUUUCUAUAAAGUGUAUGAUUUUACUCCAACAAUAAAACAAACAGCAUUUCA